UAUUGCAAAUUGGUUCUUUUAAAACUGGACAAGCAGCACAGCGUGACAGACAGACUCAUGACAUCCUAACUACUGUCUGGAGGUGUUUCUCAGUGAAGUGUGCAGCAAUGGAUUCGCUGUAUAUCGCUAUUGAGCUGGUGAUCGCCGUACUGUCAAUCUCCGGUAAUGUGCUGGUGUGCUGGGCUGUGGCCAUCAACUCCACUCUCAAGAACGCCACCAAUUACUUUCUGGUGUCACUAGCCGUGGCAGAUAUUCUGGUUGGCUGUCUUGCCAUCCCUUUUGCCAUCACUAUAAGCAUUGGUCUGCGCUCAGACUUCUAUGGAUGCCUUUUCUUGGCGUGUUUCGUUCUGGUACUGACUCAAAGUUCAAUAUUUAGUCUUCUGGCGGUUGCCAUCGACAGAUAUCUGGCUGUAAAAAUCCCCCUGAGGUAUAAGGAGCUUGUCACAGGGAAAAUGGCAAGAGAGAUCAUUGCCAUUUUAUGGAUCUUAUCCUUCAUCAUUGGACUCAUUCCAUUCGUGGGCUGGAACCGUAAAGACUUGGCCUGUUCCAGAAACGAAAGCAGCUUUAUACAGACCAGCAAUAGCAGUGAUGCCGCUCAGAUGGAAACGGGCUUCUUGCAAAGCUGCUGCCUCGAGUGCUUCUUCGAGAACGUAGUGGACAUGAGCUACAUGGUGUACUUCAACUUCUUCGGUUGCGUGCUGCCACCUCUGCUCAUCAUGCUGGGCAUUUACGUCAAGAUCUUCACGGUGGCGCGUAAACAGCUACGUCAGAUCGAGCUCAAAUGCAGCGUGAGUAACGGUGAGAAUCACCACCACAGCCUGCUGCAGCGGGAGAUUCGUGCCGCCAAAUCGCUCUCCAUCAUCGUGGGCUUGUUCGCUCUCUGCUGGCUGCCCGUGCACAUCUUGAACUGCCUCACUCUGUUCUACAGCGAGCUGGAAAAGCACAACUUUAUCAUGAACAUCGCCAUCAUCCUCUCGCACGCCAACUCCGCCGUCAAUCCCAUUAUCUACGCCUACCGCAUCCAGGAGUUCAGAGUCACUUUUAGGAAGAUUCUGAACCGGCAUUUCUUUUGUCAACGGGACGAGUUGUAUCGCAGCUCCAAUGGAAGCAGCCGUCACAGAGACCAGAUUACAAUGACCAUCAACCCUCUACUUUAGAUGUAUUUGUCAAAAUAUAUGAGAGAAAUGUUUACAGACCAAAGAACUGCAAACAGCAUGAUCUUGUAUUAAGAUGAUAUCUAGCAGGGCCCACUUUUCAUGAAGCCAUUGUGGACACGAUCGAACAUUUUGAGGAUUUAACAUUGAACUGUAAAAAAAAACAAAAAACUCUACCACUACAAAUAUGGAAAUACUGCAUUUCAGAUUGCAUUUCCAAGCACUAAGAGACUUUCGAAGCAGCUUUAGGUCAAGCCUUAGCGCAGGAAUGAAAGCUAAGAGCGGUCGGUGAGCCUCUGAAGUGCUGAACUGAACCAUGUAUGAGAAACCUACAUGAAGUAGGUAACGGUAAUUGAAAACGGUAAUUUUGGGCAGCUUUAGUUAAAUCUUUAAUGAUCUCUUGUCUGUAGAACAGCCCAGAGGAACAAGCUGAAUUCAUAAGGCACAUCAGCUGAAUACACCACCAUGGAACAAGGAACACAAAGAAACCGUUUCCGAAUGCUUGAAUGUAUGUUCCUUUUGUUGCUUUUUUUUUUUUUUUUUACAGUUGAGACGGCUGGUUUAGACGGCUCAGGAACACAAUGUAAAAGCAAAUUUAAGAACCCAUAAUAGAAAGAAAUCAUAAAACGAUUUUGUGCACAGCCAAUUAUGAAAAAUUACCCAACUUUUCAUCUCUUCAAAAGGCACCACUGGUCCAUUCACAGCUCAGUUAACCCAACCCAACCCAAGUUCAUAUGUGAGACCAAAAUGACUCCCACAGAUACACUGUACAGUUACCCCAAUAGUAUUUGGACAGGCUCACCUCAAAAUGUG